CACACACCAAGUCAGAAAAAAAAAAUAUCACAAAUCAACAAAUUUCAGAAGAAGAAGAAGAAGAAGAAAGGAUGCCUCUGAGUGCGACGAUGGUGGGAGCUUUGCUGGGUCUCGGUACCCAGAUGUACUCCAACGCUCUCCGCAAGCUCCCUUACAUGCGCCAUCCGUGGGAGCAUGUGGUGGGUAUGGGACUUGGUGCUGUGUUCGCGAACCAGCUCGUGAAAUGGGAUGUUAAGCUUAAGGAAGAUCUCGAGGUCAUGCUCGAUAAAGCCAGAGCUGCCAAUGAGCGCCGUUACUUUGAUGAAGAUCGAGAUUAGUUUUUGAGUGAUCUUUGAAGUCUCCAGAAAAUAAGUAUCUUCCGCUGGAGGCAGUCAUCUCAAGUGCUUGUUUUUGUUUGAUUUGAUUUUCUCUGUAAAAGCUUAGAGCUGGUUCUCUUUUGCUUUGACAAUCUGAAUCACAAGGUUCUACUUGCACCUGGCUAAUAAUUUCGAAUCAUAAACCUUUCAACGAUUUUACGGUUCACAUGUCAAGGCUACAUCUUUCA